AUGGUUGGAAUCCGUCUACCACGCCCAACUGGCGUCUACGUGCCCGCUCGGAGUCUGAGUCCUGAGAUGAUCUCCUCGCCUCUAUCUCCGAGUUUCAACUUCGACUCGGAGACCCUCACCCCUUCCAUCAUUCCCGCGCUCGAAUACAUCUCCGCCAAGCUCGAACAGAAGAUGAUGCAUAUUACCCUUCUGGUCGGUCGAGGCAAGCCUUACCCGACCGGCGAGCCCUCCGACCUCAUCAUCAUCCCCAUUACUCCACUGGAUGCCAUGACUUGGCCGAUCGUCUACCGGGCCGUGGCCAAAGCCGCCAGCAAGUUCUCUCUGGGCCAGAGCUGGACGGAGGCUCUGAACCGGAGCCAGUACGAGAAUGCCGCCCACGACUAUCUGCGGCAACAGUCGAUUAUGCAAAACGAAGUGAUCUUCAGCCGCGAGGGGCUGACCCUCCUCAACGUCGACCGCAUCUAUACCUUCAAGCGUCGCUUGUGCAUCCUGACCAACCGCGGCGUUGACCCGGAGGAGUUCUACCUCACCUCCUGCACGCAGCUCCUCCACCGGACCAUACAGGAUUUCCACGGGCGUCCGUUCAGCAAGGCUUUCUUUCACCGCGUCUACGAGCAGCUGAACGUGUCGGACGAGCUUCUCACUCGCGUGGCCAACACCUACCGGAUGCAGUACCACGAUGACGGGAUUAUCCUUCCCCCGCCACCCAAAGCGGAGCCGCCGCGCAAGGUCGUCGAGCAGCGCCGCAAGGCUGAGCAGCCGCGCAAGUCCCCCCUCCGCUCGACCCGCGCCAGCCGGCGACAGGGUCCUCCCCCCACGCGCUAUGUGAUUCCCACCAAACGCGGACCCAAGACCCCGCUGUCCGCGUCGGAUGUCACCCCCAUCACGCAGAACGAGUGGAACAUGGUCAUCGGGCCGGACUCUUUUCUCCACACCAAGACCUCGGUCACGAAGUGGACUCCAUCCCCAACGGUCAUGGCUGCGGCGUGA